GAGACUCUGUGGGGCGGGCGGCACUUCCGGCGGCACCGGGACCGGGAGCAGGAGCGGGACCGGGAGAUGCGGGUGCGCGUGCGGAGCUGGCACGGAGUCGCGUCCUGGCUGUGGGUGGCCAACGACGAGAACUGCGGCAUCUGCCGGAUGGCCUUCAACGGCUGCUGCCCCGACUGUAAGGUUCCCGGAGACGACUGCCCGUUGGUGUGGGGGCAGUGCUCGCACUGCUUCCACAUGCACUGCAUCCUCAAGUGGCUGAACUCGCAGCAGGUGCAGCAGCACUGCCCCAUGUGCCGCCAGGAGUGGAAGUUCCGCGAGUGACGGCGGCACCGGGCACGGCCGUGACCCGCCCGGCCCGGCCCGGCCCGCCCAAUAAACGUGCGACGCCAGUCCGUGUCCGUGUCCGUGUGCGGUGUCCCGGGCUCGGUGCUCGGAGCGGGGCCGGGCAGUGACUCCGCCGGGCGCCCCGCGGGCUCCGCCGCCCCGGGAAGCGGAGCGGC